AUGAAUGCAUUCUUUGACGGUUAUGUACAUUCUAGAACAAACUUAAAGGAGUUUGUAGACCAAUUUGAUAACGCAUUGAAAAAAAAGAUUGAGAAUGAAAAUCUCGCAGACUUCCAGUCAUUUAAUGUCACAAUUCCCUGCAUAUCUAGAUCUCCGAUUGAAAAGAGGUUCCAAGAGUUGUACACGAUUGCUAAGUUCAAGGAAGUUCAGCAGCAAGUCAACGGUAUCAUUGACUUGAAUCCGAAGUUACUACCAAGUGAUGGUGCAAUAAAGACAUAUAUGGUUGAGGAUGAAGUAGCUUUGGAGGAGUUCACUAAGUUGGUUACGUAUUUUGUGGACUUUAGUAAGGUUGAUGCAGUUGCAAAGUGCUCUUGUGGAUUAUUUGAGAUGAGGGGAAUAUUAUGUCGGCACAUUUUGGCUAUGAUUACUCAUGCAGCUAGUUCGAGAAAGCAUACUGAAGAUGCGAGAAGUAAGUUAUAUGCGAUGAUUGAGCUCUAUCGUGCCAAUGAAGAACCCCCAUCUUUCACUCAAAUUGGUUCUAAUGCUAAUGACACAGCAAAUGACACUACGGUCGGGUGUUCUGGGGAAGUACACAGCCCACGUGUUGUGCGAGGCAAAGGCAGACCUCCAUCUCUAAGAAGAGCAUCCAGGAUGGAGAUAGACAUGCGGAAAGCAAAAGCAAAGUUGAAGAAAGCACCGGCAAAGGGGAAGCGUAAAGAGCGGGAUGGAGGCGAUACCCGGUCCGUGGAUAAAGGAGAUACACCUGUUGUGGAAAUGCAAGUUGAGUUGAAUGGAUCACAAUUGGAUCGAUGUGGGUUGGACGGCUCACAACCGUUGCAAUGA